UCUUCCUUCUUUUCCUUCAAGAAUCGUUCAUUACGUAUUCGUCUUCUUCUUUCUCUCUCGGUGUACGUGUUCAUAGAAUCUAGGAAGGGGGAUUAAUCUCUUUCUGUUGACUUCCGCUUUCUCUCUCUCUGUUUUGUCGUGUCUGGGAGAUUAUUGAUUUUGAAUGGCAAAACAGGGAAAUGAGAGGGAAAGGGUGUUCGAAGGGUUGCCUGUGUUCGCUAAGGAGUUGAUUGCCGGGGGUGUCGCCGGUGGCUUUGCCAAGUCCGCCGUUGCCCCUCUUGAGCGCGUCAAGAUCUUGUUUCAGACCAGACAAGCUGAGUUUCGUAGUUUGGGGUUGUUUGGAUCCUUUACAAAGAUCGCAAAGACAGAAGGGGUGCUUGGUUUUUACAGGGGAAAUGGAGCGAGUGUUGCUCGUAUUGUGCCAUAUGCAGCAUUGCAUUACAUGGCCUAUGAAGAGUACAGGCGGUGGAUCAUUCACUAUAAUCCCGAUAUUAAAAGAGGUCCCGUUCUAGACCUAAUAGCUGGAUCGGUCGCUGGAGGAACUGCAGUCCUUUUUACUUAUCCGCUCGAUUUAGUUCGAACAAAAUUAGCUUAUCAGGUUAUUGAAUCGCCAAAGUUGAAUGUCAAAGGGCUUGUUCCCGGUGAACAAAUUUACAAGGGGAUUCUGGACUGCUUUUCGAAGACAUAUAAGGAGGCUGGAAUACGAGGCGUCUACCGUGGUGUUGCUCCUUCACUUUAUGGGAUCUUUCCAUAUGCGGGAUUGAAGUUUUAUUUCUACGAAGAAAUGAAAAGCCAUGUCCCCGAGGAGCACAAGAAGGAUAUCACUAUAAAACUAGCGUGUGGAUCAGUAGCGGGACUACUUGGCCAGACUUUCACUUAUCCUCUAGAUGUCGUUAGGCGACAAAUGCAGGUCCAACGACUUUCAGCAUCUAACAGCAGGGAGAUGGAAGGGACAAUCGAAACGCUAGUUAUGAUCGUCCGGAGACAUGGAUGGAAACACUUAUUUUCGGGGCUUAGUCUCAACUACCUAAAGGUUGUACCAUCAGUAGCAAUCGGUUUUACUGUUUACGAUGUGAUGAAAUCGUAUCUGAAAGUCCCAUCACGAGAUGAGGCUGUUAUAGAAGUUGUGACAAACCGUAGGCAUACUCAAGCAGCACCGUCCCUCCGCUCCUAACAAUUCUCGCUUUUCAGACAUGUAUUCGUUGUGAUUUACAGGAGAGUUGAAGCUCUCCCAGAACCCGCCUUCCUUUCUGCAUUUGUACAUGAUAUUCCUUUGAUGUAUAGCAAUAGAUUCGACAAGAUUUUUCAAGAAAGCAAGCUAGAGAUGGCAGAAUAAGAAAUAAGCAAAGGUGGUGGUUGUUUCUGUACUUGAAGCAUAUAUACAUAUACUCUGUACAUAAUGUCUGUAUAUAUGCACAUACAGAUGCCUGUCAGGAAACAAUGUAGCACUGAGAUUCAAUCCUCAGCACUGAUAAUGUUUGCAGUUUAUGAGAUAUCAAUUCUACGAGUUUA